AAUGUAGCUUUUGCUACUUUCUUUUUACUCUCGCUUUUUUCUUUUAUAAUAUUUUCCCCUUAUCUCUAUUUCUUCCUUCUCGAAUUUUCCAAUUAUCUUCCCAUCUCUCCUUGUUCCUACCCACCCCACACCCUCUCACCUCUAUGUGGCGCCGGAAACUUCUAGAAUCACCGAAAAUUCCGACGGUCGUCUUUCUGGGAACUCUCUGUAGUUUUGGCUCCAGAUCUGCGAGAAUAGAAUCAUCGAUCUUCACUAAAUUUUUCAGGUGAUAAGAAGAUAUGACUCCACAGCCAAUAGACCGGAACAGAGGAGAGACGACGGCUGGUGAAACGCAGAGGUCCGUGCCGACACCGUUUUUAACAAAGACCUACCAGCUCAUCGAGGAUCAGUCUAUUGACGACGUGAUCUCUUGGAAUGAAGACGGAUCUACUUUCAUCGUGUGGAAUCCGUCGGAGUUUGCUAAAGAUUUGCUUCCUAAAUAUUUUAAACAUAAUAAUUUUUCUAGCUUCGUUAGGCAGCUCAACACCUAUGGAUUUCGGAAAGUCGUACCUGAUCGAUGGGAAUUCGCAAACGACAGCUUCCGGAGAGGUGAAAGAGGUCAGUUAAUUGAUAUCCAGCGUAGAAAGGUUGUGACAGCGAUUGCUACUCCUUCCGCUGCUACAACAGCGGUGGCGAUUGUGGCUGCUCCACCCCCGCCACCACCUCCGCCUGCUCAACCUCCGGUGACGGUAUCUACCUCGGAUUCCUGUGAAGAGCAAGUUAUAUCAUCAAACUCAUCUGCAGGGAGCACAGCGGAGCUUUUAGGAGAAAACGAACGGUUAAGAUUGGAGAAUUUACAGCUCAACAAAGAGUUGAACAGUAUGAAGAAGCUCUGCGGCAAUAUAUACGGUAUGAUGUCUAAUUACGCACAGCCUUCCAGCAGCGGUAAUCAAUCGGCGGAGAGUAGUUCGCCGGGGUUGAGGCCACUGGAUCUGUUACGGACGGAACAGUACUUAGCUGAAUCACAGGUGAAGGCGGUAGAGGACGGCGAGAGCCUGGAGGAACCGGAGGCGAGAUUAUUCGGUUUCUCGAUAGGCAUGAAGCGUGUUAGGGAAGGGGAAGAAGCAAGGACUUAUCAUGCUCAGGAUUUACAGCUGCAGCAACCUGGAACAACUGAUGUUAAAUCAGAAGCGUCUGAUCAGGAAAGUAACGGUGAAAGUGAUGAGAGAUCGUGGCUGGUACAUUGCGGUGGACGAAAUCAAAGAACUUGUAAUUGAUAGUUUUGUUGAUGUGAUGAACCUUAAUUAGAUUAUAUUAGAGAUUAUAUUAGCUGAUCAAAAUCGAAAGAGGUGAUAAUUAUGUGGGGAGGGGGACUUAGGGAUUAUUACUAAUCUUGAAGAAGUUUCUUUGGUUGAGAUCCUUCUUGAUUUAUUUUGUUGCAAACUACUACUACUUUCUUUUGUAGCAGUAAAUAAUUAAUCGUUUUCCACUGCUCUCUUUUGAAAGAGCUGACGGGCGGACAACUUUUUGAGAAAAUUGUGCAAGCAAAGUACGUUUAUAUCCUUGGAUCCUUUUGUAAUUUUGCCACUACAAAGAAAAAAGUUGAUCAAAAUAGUUUCUUUGAGAUAA